AUGAAGUCCCGCAAGGGAGGGUUACGCCACGCAGCGCCACCCCAUGCCCAGAGCCUUGGCAGCCACCCUCUCCCAGUUAAUCAGAGAGGCUGCAGUCAGAUCAGCUCCAUCUCCACUGACCUUCAGACCUCGUCAAGCACUAGCUCCCUUCCCCUCUCUCUGUCACACCUCCUGGAGACCUUCCCGUCACUCCACCAAUUAAUAUCUAAUAUGGAAGGUUAUAUUGACUGCCUGGGAAUGCAGUGGCUUUUAGAGGGAGAACAUGGGAGCAGUGUUGCAGUAUUGUUUAAGCUGUAGUUUAUAAACAAACCUUAUUGAUAAAAAAUAAAUAAACGUUGUUAAAUUAAAUCUUUAGGUGGUUUUGGGGACACUGUUAACGCUAGAUAGCAGAGGACUUUGCCUCACAAGUAGUUGUUUCUAGUUUUCAGAAUAUGACACAUGAAUACAUGAAUUGUUGUGUAAGCAAAGUUAAAUGCAUUGCAUUAAUUGACUAUUGCAUGUUUGCCUGUCAUUCCGAACCAAUGUGUUUUUGUUGUUUUCUGUCCCUGGCUUCGAAUAGAUCUGCUGAAGACAUAGAAAGUGAUUGGAAUGGAAGCUCAGAGACGGAGUCCCUGAUUGGCCGGAAGACUGGGCGGGUGCACAUACCAAACAGUGAGUCACUUUGGAGGUUCACUGAACCACUAGAGAGUUCACUUAACAUUAGGGUACCAGUGGUCAAUGAUCAGAAUGAUGGACAUAUAAGGUUAUGUUGUGGUUACAGUGCCUUCAGAAAGUAUUCAUACUGCUUGACUCAUUCCACAUGUUAUUGUGUUACAGCCUGAAUUCAAAAUGUAUUAAAUUGAUUAUUUUUCUCACACACCUUACAUAUAGUCCCAGAUAUACAGUGCAUUUGGAAAGUAUUCAGACCCCUUGACAUUUUUUUAGAAAUAUUUGCAAAUGUAUUGAAAAUGAAAUGCAGAAAUAUCUCAUUUACAUACAGUACCAGUCAAAGGGUUUUUCUUUAUUUUCUACAUUGUAGAAUAAUAGUGAAGACAUCAAAACUAUGAAAUAGCACAUAUGGCAUCAUGUAGUAACCAAAAAAGUGUUAAACAAAUCCAAAUAUAUUUUAGAUUUUAGAUUCUUCAAAGUAGCCACCCUUUGCCUUGAUGACAGCUUUGCACACUCUUGGCAUUCUCUCAACCAGCUUCAUGAGGUAGUCAACUGGAAUGCAUUUAAAUUAAAACGUGUGCCUUGUUAAAAGUUAAUUUGUGGAAUUUCUUUCCUUCUUAAUGCGUUUGAGCCAAUCAGUUGUGUUGUGACAAGGUAGGGCCCCGUGUAGCUCAGUUGGUAGAGCAUGGCGCUUGCAAUGCCAGGGUUGUGGGUUCGAUUCCCACGGGGGGCCAGUAUGAAAAAACAACAACAUGUAUGCACUCACUAACUGUAAGUCACUCUGGAUAAGAGCGUCUGAUAAAUGACUACAAUGUAAAAUGUAGGGGUGGUAUACAGAAGAUAGCCCUAUUUGGUAAAAACCAAGUCCAUACUAUGGCAAGAACAGCUCAAAUAAGCAAAGAGAAACGAGUCCGUCAUUACUUUAACACAUGAAGGUCAUUCGCAAAAACCAUCAAGCGCUGUGAUGAAACUGGCUCUCAUGAGGACCACCACAGGAAAGGAAGACCCAGAGUUACCUCUGCUGCAGAGGAUAAGUUCAUUAGAGUUAACUGCACCUCAGAUUGCAGCCCAAGUAAAUGCUUCACAGAGUUCAAGUAACAGACACAUCUCAACAUCAACUGUUCAGAGGAGACUGCGUGAAUCAGGCCUUCAUGGUCCAAUUGCUGCAAAGAAACCACUACUAAAGGACACCAAUAAUAAGAAGAGACUUGCUUGGGCCAAGAAACACGAGCAAUUGACAUUAGACCGGUGGAAAUCUGUACUUUAGUCUGAUGAGACCAAAUGUGAGAUUUUUGGUUCCAACCUCCGUGUCUUUGUGAGAUGCAGAGUAGGUGAACGUAUGAUCUCCGCAUGUGUGGUUCCCACUGAGAAACAUGGAGGAGGUGUGAUGGUGUGGGCGUGCUUUGCUGGUGACACUGUCUGUGAUUUAUUUAGAAUUCAAGGCACACUUAACCAGCAUGGCUACCACAGGAUUCUGCAGCGAUACGCCAUCCCAUGUGGUUUGCGCUUAGUGGGACUAUGAUUUGUUUUUCAACAGGACAAUGACCCAAAACACACCUCCAGGCUGUGUAAGGGCUAUUUUACCAAGAAGGAGAGUGAUGGAGUGCUGCAUCAGAUGACCUGGCCUCCACAAUCACCCGACCUCAACCCAAUUGUGAUGGUUUGGGAUGAGUCGGACCGCAGAGUGAAAGAGAAGCAGCCAACAAGUGCUCAGCAUAUGUGGGAACUCCUUCAAGACUGUUGGAAAAGCAUUCCUCGUGAAGCUGGUUGAGAGAAUGCCAAGAGUGUGCAAAGCUGUCAUCAAGGCAAAGGGUGGCUACUUUGAAGAAUCUAAAAGAUUACAUAUCUUUUGAUUUGUUAAACACAUUUUUGGUUACUACAUGAUUCCAUAUGUGUUAUUUCAUAGUUUUGAUGUCUUCACUGGUAUUCUACAUUGUAGAAAAUAGUAAAAAUAAAGCAAAACCCUUGAAUGAGUAGGUGUGUCCAAACUUUUGACUGGUACUGUAAGUAUUCACACCCUUGAGUCAAUACAUGUUACAAUCACCUUAGGCUGUGAUUACAGCUGCAAGUCUUUCUGGGUAAAAGGCUCUGCAUGGUCAUUCCAACGUCUGCAGUGGCCAUACAGCAUUUACUGCGAUACGGCCUCUGCAGAAAUCAGGGCAUUUAUACUUCUUGCGCUUUGCUGUGCAGAGCUGUUGUGAAGGAAGUUGUCAAGGAAGUGAGUUUGUGUUUAUACUGGACCUCCCGCCCCCACCUACCGUCAACCAAUCAUGUAAAUGCGGAGCUAUACGGAGCCCUCCGCAUUGUUACAAAAUUUGGGCAGCGCACGGCGAUGCGGUACGGAGCUCAAUUUGGCCUCUGCAUGCCUCUGGAGGCUCCGCAAUUGCGUUACACCCCACAUUUUCGGCCCAAGCAUAAAUUGGCUUUUAGUCUCUAAGAGCUUUGCACACCUGGAUUGUACAAUAUUUGCACAUUAUUCUUAAAAAAAUUAUUCAUGCUCUGUCAAGUUGGUUGUUGAUCACUGAAAGACAGCCAUUUCAAGUUUUGCCAUAUAUUUUCAAGCCGAUUUAAGUAAAAACUGUAACUAUGCCACUCAGGACCAUUUUAAAUGUCAUCUUGGUAAGCAACUCCAGUGUAUAUUUGGCCUUGCGUUUUAGGGUAUUGUCCUGCUCUAAGGUGAAUUUGUCUCCCAGUGUCUUUGGGAAAGCAGACUGAACAAGGUUUUCCUCUAGGAUUUUGCCUGUGCUUAGAUCUAUUACAUUUUAUUUUUAACCUAAAAAACGUUUGGCUUGGCGGAUGCCAGGAGAACGCUACCUGCUCGAAUGCAUAGUACCAACUGUAAAGUUUGGUGGAUGAGGAAUAAUGAUCUGGGGCUGAUUUUCAUUGUUCGGGCUAUGCCCCUUAGUUCCAGUUAAGGGAAAUCCUAACGCUACAGAAUACAAUGACAUUCUAGACGAUUCUGUGCUUCCAACUUUGUGGCAACAGUUUGGGGAAGGCCCUUUUCUCUUUCAACAUGACAAUGCCCCCUGUGCACAAAGCGAGGCCCAUACUGAAAUGGUUUGUCGAGAACGGUGUGGAAGAACUUGACUGGCCUGCACAGAGCCCAGACCUCAACCCCAUCGAACACCUUUGGGAUAAAUUGGAACGACUGCGUGCCAGGCCUAAUCGCCCAACAUCAGUGCCCGACCUCACUCUUGUGGCUGAAUGGAAGCAAGCCCCCGCUGCUCAGAAGAGUGGAAGCUGUUAUAGCAGCAAAGGGGGGACCAACUCCAUAUUAAUGCCCAUGAUUUUGGAAUGAGAUGUUAGACGAGCAGGUGUCCACAUACUUUAGUUAAUGUCGUCUACCUCUUAGCACCCCACACUCCUGCUGAAUAGUCCAGAAAAGGACACACGCGUUUCUGAGACAGUUUGGAAUACGUGGCUUAACCAAUAUCUUUGAGUGUUUUUGUUUUUCCUAUAACUCUCCCAAGAGCUUUACUUGCUGAGUUGGCCAGGGUAGAUAUGAAAAGGUCAUAGAGUUCAUCAAAAUAAAGACCCACAUAUUUAAAAUUGCUAGAAAACUCAAGAAUUCCUUCACCAAAGCAAAACUGAAAAACACUUAUCUUGCUACCUGGGUUUCUAAAAUGCAUUAUCUGUGUUUUUUUUCUGGUUGAUCAUGAGUCUCCAUCUUUUUCACCAAUUGACUGUACAAAAUAAAACAUUCUGCAGGUCUUGUUCAGUUUCUGCCAACCAAAUAAUAUCAUCAGCAUAUAAGAGGAUACUUAGCAUUUCAUCAUAUCUUACUCCAAUAUUUAACGGUUCAGUUUAUUUUGCCAAAUCAUUAAUAAACAUAGCAAACCGAGUCGGUGAUAAGGCAUCUCCUUGUUUUACACCCGAGGGUGUGGGAAACCAAUCUGUAUGAAAUUCAUUAACAUGCACACAGGCAGUUGGUGCUUUGUAGAGAGACUGGAUUGCGUGAUAAAAUGUCCAAUCAACCCCUUUAUCAAACUAUAGGCUAAAAGAUCCCUAUUUACAAAAAAGUCAAUGAAACAUGCAAAAGUAGGCUUAUCUUCCUGUAAUCUACACUGAACAAAAAUAUAAACGCAACAUGCAACAAUUUCAAAGAUUUUACUGACUUACAGUUCAUAUAAGGAAAUCAGUCCAUUUAAAUAAAUAAAUUAGGCCCUAAUCUAUGGAUUUCACGACUGGGAAUACAGAUAUGCAUCUGUUGGUCACAAAAACCUUUAAAAAAAGGUAGGGGCGUAGAUCAGAAACCAGUCUGUAUCUGGUGUGACCACCAUUUGCCUCAUGCAGCGCGACACAUCUCCUUCGCAUAGAGUUGAUCAGGCUGUUGAUUGUGGCCUGUGAAAUGUUGUCCCACUCCUCUUCAAGUUGCUGGAUAUUGGCGGGAACUGGAACACACUGUCAUACACGUCGAUCUAGAGCAUCCCAAACAUGCUCAAUAGGUGACAUGUCUGGUGAGUAUGCAGGCCAGAACUGGGACAUUUUCAGCUUCAAGGAACACCCCCCCCCCCCCCCAAUUUUUUUUUUAUGUUUCUAAAAACGAGAUUCAUCGGCUCAAAAGGCACAUCUCUCUUCCCAUGGGCACUGUGCGUCAUGGCUAGAUAGGCUGCGCUUCCGCUCUCAAAAUCCAUUUAAUUAUAAACUGCGUUACCUUUUAAGACCUGCUUUAUGUUGGUCUUAGAACAUCCCAUUAGCGCUGCAUGAAAUUGUCACUUUUGUGCUUGUUUUUAAAGACACACCUCAAAUAUUGCCACCCCUCCCACCUCAGCGCAAGUGAGCUGAUGUUAGACAGGUAAAUUGCAGAGCCUGGUGUUAGGGCUGGAAAAUGCCAGUGCGCCAGUUUUUACACAUGAAAUUGAAAACUAACAUGCGUCUGUUGCUUGCGCCUCCUUAGCGCCAGACCAAAAUAGAGCCCCAUGACACAGUGCAACAAGGCCAGAGAGCAACCAUUUUUUUGUCAGAGCAACUGCAAGCCGUAAACACUGAGUGCACUAAACAUUAAGAACACCUUCCUAAUAUUGAGUUGCACCCCCUUUUGCCCUCAGAACAGCCUCAAUUCGUCGGGGCAUGAACUCUACAAGGUGUCGAAAGCGUUCCACAGGGAUGCUGACCCAUGUUGACUCCGAUGCUUUCCACAGUUGUGUGAAGUUGGCUGGAUGGCCUUUGGGUAGUGGACCAUUCUUGAUACACAUGGGAAACUGUUGAGUGUGAAAAACCCAGCAGCGUUGCAGUUCUUUACACAGUCAAACCGGUGCGCCUGGCACAUACUACCAUACCCUGUUCAAAGGCACUUAAAUAUUUUGUCUUGCCCAGUCACCCUCUGAAUGGCACACAUACACAAUCCAUGUCUCAAUUGUCUCAAGGCUUGAAAAUCCUUCUUUAACCUGUCCUCCUCUUCAUCUACACUGAUUUGAAGUGGAUUUAAAAUGUUUUACAUUUUAGUCAUUUAGCAGAUGCUCUUAUCCAGAGUGACUUACAGUUAGUGAGUGCAUACAUUUUCAUAUAUUAACAAGUGACAUCAAUAAGGGAUCAUAGCUCACCUGGAUUCACCUGGUCAGUCUGUCAUGGAAAGAGCAGGUGUCCUUAAUGUUUUGUACACUCAGUGUAAAUCCAUUCAAAACCCUAUUUGAUAUACAGUAAGUAAUAUACAGGAGUCAGAGUGUAGUGAAUCCAUUUUGUUUCCGGGCAACUACAGUACAAUCGAUGAAUCUGCAUUGGAAGGUGAACAGUCACUGCUUCCCACUGCCUUCUGGGAAAUCCGGGUCCCUCCAGCUGCGGCCGCCCCUCCGCCACAGAUCCAACUCUCACUUAAUUUGACUUUCAUGGGAAGCAGUCUUUAUCUCUUACCAGGAACUCAAUCCAAUUGACAUCAUAUACCGCAGAAAGAGUUGCAUUCAUGUCCUCUCUUUAUACAGUAAUCAUGGGGUUGUUACUGUACUAGGGCUCGAGAGAAAGCAUUCCACUUUGUUUCCUACAACAGGCAAUAAGACAGCCAAGCUGCUUAUGUGCCCAGUGAACAAUUAAAGUACAUGUAAGAUGUAAAAUGUCAUUUGCUUUGCUUGAUAUGGGUAAACCUCAAAGGGCUUUUAUGUUUUUAUUAAAGGAAUGUGGGUGGCUUUCAUUGAGUCUGUUCAGAGGGAAAAUAGAAUGCAAAAGAUGUUCUUACAUGUAGGAGUAAAUUGAGAUGUCUCAACUUAAAGCGACGCACACCAUGGAACUUAAAUAGUAAUUGAUUUGUUUUUGCAUUCAAAUGGCCUGUGUUUGUAUAUCAUGUUGUUGUAGAAUCGAUCCUCUGUCAAAUGAUGCAUGCAGAGGAUAGGAAGAAAAGGAGUUCCAGCAAGGGCGUGGCGGAGGAAUAUUGUCUAAGAGUGAGUAGGCCUGGACCUGACCGCACCUGAGCUCAUUAUCAUAUCCUGACAACAUUAUACCUGUUGGCUGUAAUGUUAAGUGUUGCUGAAGUUUCUGUCAGCAAACUAACAACUGUGUCAUUUCAGGAGAGACCAAACGAGUACGCAGUAAAAAUGAAGAACAAAGUGACCAGCACACAAGGUAAAGUCUUGAAAUUUCAACGCUACUAACACAACAAUUAGAUCAUAACUGAAUGCUACAUUAUUAGUGCUUAUUGAUAUGAAUGCACAGAGCAUGUUUCAAAUUGAAAUAAAAUUAUGAAUCGCUGUCAAAUGCUAUUUAGACUGCUUACAUGAAUUUACACACAUGGGAGUUCUCCAUUGAGUAUGCUUUUUAGACUAGGAAUAGGCUUAAUCUGGGUCUGGGAAUCUGGCCUAUGGUGUUAUAAGGAAAGGUGUAAUUCAGAUCAAUGUGGUGUGCAGCAGUGAGGGGUAAGAAGAAGGCAUGGUCGUGGGAUCAGUACCUGGGAGAGGAGAAGGUCAUAGCAGCUCCCCUUAGACUCUUCACUGAGGUAAGCAUCACCUUUCAUCAACCAGUAGGUCUAUCUACUACUAUAGCCUGACUCCAGAGUCCUAUUCAUUAGGGCACAUUGUAGCAAAACAUUUAGCAAAAAUGACAAAAGUUCAGGUAGUCCCUCCGUUUCAGUCUGUUUUCAGUCCGAGAUGUAAUUUACUAAACUAUACAGGCAAUAAAGCUAUGGUUUGUAUUUUAAGGCCAUAAGCUAGCUGCAUGAUGUUAAAAACAUAGUCUGUUGAUUUAAAAGGAAGGAUGUUGAGGACCUUAAACUACAUGGUUUACUUUAUACUGCAACGCUAUCUUCUCCAUGUGAUUAAUGUGAAUGUAUCUGUUUAUUUUAUUUCUAAUGUGCCGACGGGGGCCUGUAAAAUAGAAGAAAACCCAAGUGUGUGCGUGUGGGAUCGUGAGUGUGUGUGUGGUGGACACCAGGGUGUCUAUUGUUUCUAAUGACUGCCUUUGAGGACAGUGGGACUUCUCUGUCGCAGCACACCUAUUAGACCGCAGUGCAGAUUAAGCAAGGAUUUGAGAAUUGGCACUAAAAUAGUUACAAUAUCAAGGUGUGCCACUGCCCCCAGAACCCGUAUAGUCUAAAGGUGAGUAGCCUCACCUGCCAGGCUUCUAGCUUCUCCUAGAGAGAGAGAGGUAUGUGAUCUGGCUAUGCAAGACUUAUAGGGCAGUGUUUCCUAUGCCAUUAUAGGACUUAUCCAGCCUUUGUACCAGCAGUGUGUUUGGUGUGUGUUCCUUACAGGAGAGUUGCUGCCUGGUGCAAUGCUCCACUGUUUACCAGUCCCCCCCUCUCUCUCCCUGACAAUGAAUCAUGCUGAACUAAUUCCUCUGCUACAAACACGCGGUGCGGCGGAUGAAAUGUUCUAUGAAGGGAUUUGACGGGACAUCUGUUCCGUCGGAGGCACAAACACACGUUUCUAUGGCAACCGUGCUGUUGAGACACUUGAGCGUGGUGGUCCAACCGCCAUGACUUAUAUGUAUGGGUUUUCUAGAGAGGAUAUUUUAUUCACCAAUAUUUGGGUUUAUUCUUCAUGCUCUCCUUUUUCGCUCCCUCUGCUCUCUCCUUCACUCUCUAUAUGUCCUUUGCUGUCUCCAUCACACUCUCUCUCUGUUACUCUCUCUUUCCUCCUCUCCCACACUCUCUCACUUUGUCUUCAUCCCUCUCUCCCUCCCUCCAUCCCAGGGCCAGUCGUUCCCCCCCAGCAGAAGUGGCUUCAAGGCAGGGAUGAGGCUGGAGGGGAUCGACCCUCUGCACCCCUCCAUGUUCUGCGUCCUGUCCGUGGCAGAGGUGAGCUGCAACAGUGAGGGAGCUGGCCCAGCUCCAGACCAGCCUCAACCAAGGGCACACUGGGCCGGUCACACACUGUAAUUGGAUCUGUGAUUGCAGUCCAGGCAGCACUGUAUUGGGUGGAGGAAAUGAUUGCCCUUAACUGUUACUAACAAGGCCCUUGGUAGUUUUGUGUUGUCGAUCUGUUUUUGAUGUCAUCCCUUUUGUGUUUAAUUGUACAAGACCAUAGCACCUGGGAUGUGCGUAUGACAUCGACCACUUUACAAAUGUACAAGAUUGACAUUAGCUGUCGGUUGUUGUAUUUCCAUUAGCAAACAUCAUAUUGCGUCAAAGUCUCAUAGAUUUGCAGUGGAAAAAAGUAUUGCUGUUAAGGGCAAGGCCCUGCAAGUAGCCUGCUGUAUUAGUCAUGGGAAUACAAAGCAGAAUGACAUCAUGCCGUGGAUUGAUGUUUGGGAUAGGGACCGCAUGUACAUCCAUACAUAAUACUGUAUUUUGUUUUUCAAAGGUGAUCGGCUACCGAUUACGGCUCCACAUCGACAGCUACUCCGAAUGCUAUGACUUCUGGGUAAACGCAGACUCUCCGGAUAUCAGGCCAGCCGGAUGGUGCGAGUCGACAGGACACCAGCUCCACCCACCAAAAGGUGAGCUACAGCAGAUCAGCACACUGUUACCCUUUUGUCUUUACCCAUUUCACUGUGACUCGUGACUAUCGUGCUGACCCAAACCAAACUGUGCUGGCUCUGAUAUAUUAUUUUCACAUGGUCCUUGUCAACAUGGUUCAAAUCAAGCAACUAUGGUUGACCCAGGCCAGCUCAGUACAGCUUGGUUUAUCUGAGCUCAGUUCUGCUCUCUGUAAGAGAUUGUGCUUGUUUAAUCGUAAUUAAAUAUACUUCAGAACAGGAGAAUGGGCUAUAAACUAUGCAUGGAGAAAUUUUAUUUCAAGGGCCUCAUCUUAUUUCCACACUAUCAGCAUGUAUCGCUAGUACACGGUAGUCUGUUGCACUACAAAGCACAGCAAAUCAUUUAAUGUACCUGGCACAGUGUUUCCCCUAGGAUUUUUUUCAGCAGCUGUGGUACCGGGGGGAGUCAGUGCUUGGGGGGUCCUGGGGCAUGCCCCCCUGUGAGAUUUUUUUAUUAGAAUGACUGAGAAGGUCACUUCUGGUGACUUUUUAAAAGGACAUUCUACUUACUCCAAAAUGCAUGCAAAUUGAAUUACAGUAAAACUUAAACGCUGAGUUUCAAAUAGCCGCCUGUCCCUUUUAAUAGUCAGGCAACGGCAAACAUUCAGCAAAUAAACACCUGUUUCAAGUAAACGCCCGGUUUAUUGUUUAGGAGGUUACCAUGAAUUGUUUACAAGGUUUAAUGUUUAAUUUGUUACAUUACAUAAUUCAGUAAUGACUCAAACAAAAUGAUGGCAAUCAUCUGAUUUUAUCGCCAGUAAGAAACUGUUAGCCAUUGGCUGCUAACAGCCACUAGCUAUCUGGCAAGCACAAAAACAGUCAACAUCUUCGGGAGUAAAGACCCCCCAAAAAAUCAUCAGGUCACCCUCUAGUGGCGAAAGUAAGAACUGCAGAAUAUGCACAGUCAAAGAGGAGAAUAAUUAUUCUGUCAAGGAAUUCUUCUUUAUUUAUUAUAAUUUUUUAGGCAUACUAAGACAACAGAAACGUGACACAGUGUGUAAAUGAUAACACAUUAGUGCAGGAAAUUAAGAAAUAUAUGAAAAUGCUGGAAGUGAAUGCUGGAAUUAAACAAUUAACUAUGCAAAUGAGCAAAAGCUGUGUGCAUUAAGGAAAUAGAAGCCUGUCUCCAAUAAGCGUCUGUUGUGUCCAGUAAUUUAAGCAAAUAAACGCCUGGGCUAUUAAUUGAAGUUUUACGGUUUGUUGAAACAAUCUGAAAUAUAACUGAUGCGCGCCACUGCACUGCAGGGAGAUGAUGAGGAGCAAACGGUGGGCGUGCGCUCGUGGCUUUUAUUUGCACCACUGCUCGCUGUUUGCAACAAAUAUAUGUUGUUACUUGUCUCACUGAUCUUAAAGGGAUAGUGCGAGAUUUUGGCAACUAAGCCCUUAUACUACUUACCCAGAUUCAGAUGAACUUGUAUGUCUCUGCAUGCAGUUUGAAGGAAAUUUCGCGAGCCAUUGCUAACUAGUGUAAGCGCAAUGAGUGAAAGUCUAUGGGAACAGUUAGCAUGCUAGCUGUUCCCAUAGACUUAAAGUAAAUGGGCUAACACUAGGUAGCAACUUCCUUCAAACUGCACGCAGAGACAUAAAAAUGGUAUCCAUGAGUUCAUCUGACUGAGUGAGAAGAAAAAGGGCCAAAAUCUCUUAAUUGCCAAAAUCUCGCACUAUCCCUUUAAAAGCAUGUCUCGGCAGAAAUAUAUACUAGACAAAAAUAUAAACACAACAUGUGAAGUGUUGGUCCCAUGUUUCUCCCGAGUGGCGCAGUGGUCUAAGGCGCUGCAUCGCAGUGCUAGCUGUGCCACUAGAGAUCCUGGUUCGAAUCCAGGCUCUGUCGUAGCCGGCCACGACCGGGAGACCCAUGGGGCGGCGCACAAUUUGCCCAGCGUCGUCCAGGGUAGGGGAGGGAAUGGCCGGCAGGGAUGUAGCUCAGUUGGUAGAGCAUGGUGUUUUCAACGCCAGGGUUGUGGGUUCGUUUCCCACGGGGGGCCAGUAUAAAAAAUAAAUAAAUAAUUAAAUGUAAGUCGCUCUGGAUAAGAGCGUCUGCUAAAUGACUAAAAUGUAAAUGUAAAUGAAAUAGAAGAUCCCAGAAAUGUUCCUUAUGCACAAAAACCUUAUUUCUCUCAUAUUUUGGGCACAAAUUAGUUUACAUCCCUGUUAGUGAACAUUUCUGCCAAGAUAAUCCAUCCACCUGACAGGUGUGGCAUAUCAAGAAGCUGAUUAAACAGCAUGAUCAUUACACAGGUGCACCUUGUGCUGGGGACAAUAAAAGGCCACUCUAAAAUGUGCAGUUUUGUCACACAACACAAUGCCACAGAUGUCUCAAGUUUUGAGGGAGCGUGCAAUUCGCAUGCUGACUGCAGGAAUGUCCACCAGAGCUGUUGCCAGAGAAUUGAAUGUUAAUUUCUCUACCAUAAACCACCUCCAACGUCGUUAUAGAGAAUUUGGCAGUACGUCCAACCGGCCUCACAACCGCAGACCACGUGUAACCAUGCCAGCCCAGGACCUCCACGUCCGGCUUCUUCACCUGCGGGAUCGUCUGAGACCAGCCACUGGGACAGCUGAUGAAACUGAGGAGUAUUUCUGUUUGUAAUAAAGCCCUUUUGUGGGGAAAAUCUCAUUCUAAUUGGCAGGGCCUGGCUCCCCAGUGGGUGGGCCUGGCUCCCAAGUGGGUGGGCCUAUGGUUGCGGCCCUGCCCAGUCAUGUGAAAUCCAUAGAUUAGGGCCUAAUGAAUUUAUUUAAAUUUACUGAUUUCCUUAUAUGAACUCAGUAAAAUCUUUGAAAUUGUUGCAUGUUGCGUUUAUAUUUUUGUUCAGUAUAUAAUAAAAAAUACAUAUGAAUAUAAAAUAAAUACAAAUAAAUAAUGAUAUUUUUUGGAAUGGCAGCAACGAUUUACCAGCGAAGGGGCGCCUGGCACAACAAUAUAUGUCAACACCCUAAUCCCCUUUUAUUUUCUUUCGUUCUCUUACUCCCUUUUUUUUUCUUCCCCCUCUUUCUCUCACCCUUUCUCUCUCUGCACCAUUUAUUUUCAGGCUACAAUGAAAGCGAGUUUAACUGGGAGAAAUACCAAGAGGCUUGCAACGCUCAAGCUGCACCAAAGAAUCUGUUUAAAUCCCAAAAUGGUGUAAGUGCUUGGUUGGGGUGCGGGAGUCAAUGGAGGCUUAGCACUACUUUCUCCUGUAAAGACGGCCGGGGCCAAAUGCUGACCUUCAUUCACACAGCAGAACAGAACAAUGUGUCCCAGUGGCUGUUGUAAAGCUCCCUCCACACUGCGGCAGAGACGCACCACUUUACUUCCUGUCGUUUUUUACAGUGACAAAAGCUGAAAUAUAUAUUGACUUGUAGUAAUAGUAGAGGAUUUUCAAAUCUUGCCACAAUAUUUCCACUAUAUUGGCAUAUGUAAGUAUGUACAAAGUAGUAUUACCCUGAGGGCGAGAUACUGCUUGAUUUUAAUGACGUAGGGAAAUAUAAAUGAUAUGGUAAUAUCUCAUUUUAAAACUCAACGUUUGUGCGCUCAAACCUUUCCCUUAUGGAAAAACCACAUGGAUUCACAUGUGGAAAACCACAUGAUUUCACAUCUGAAAUCAUGUGAAAAUAUGUGUUAUUGGAACACUUCACGUGACAUUUCUUAUGUGUUUUUGGAACAUUUCACAUGUGACAUUUUACAUGUGAAAAUGUGUUUUUGGAACAUUUCACAUGUGACAUUUCACAUUUCACUCUACAUGUGACUUUUCAUUGGUGAAAAUUUGUUUUUGGAACACUUUACGUGACAUUUCACAUGUGAAAACGUGUUAUUGGAAAAAUGUGUCAUUAUGAAACACACACAUGACUUUUAACAUAGUGUUUUCAAAUUACAUAUUUGACACACUUUGACAUACAUGACUACAUUGUGUGUGUUUAUUUAUACAGUAAUUUUUAUUCAACGUGGGAUUUGAACACAACCUCUUGUCAAUGACUGAUUUCCAAGUAAAUCUCAGCUUCCUUAAAAAUACACUAACUAGCGCUAGCACAAUUGCUGACUAGCAUUAACACAAUGACUGGAAUUCUAUAGGUAUAUGCUAGCAUGCUAGCAGGUAAUCAUAGACUUCUAGUCAUUAUGCUAACGCUAGCUAGCAUUGGCUCUCGAAACUACCUCUAACUUCCUUGAUACUGGACACAGAGACAUAGAAAUGCACUCAUUGCCAAAAUCCCAAAGUAUCCCUUUAAGGCCCAAGUGUGGUCAUAAUACAAAAUUAUACAAGAUGUUUUACACUAAUUUAAAUCAGAAUACAGCAGCAUACUGUCAUUUGCAUACAUUUGUCCUCUGUAGCUCAAUUGGUAGAGCAUGGCGUUUGUAACGCCAGGGUAGUGGGUUCGAUCCCCGGGACCACCCAUACAUAAAAAUGUAUGCACACAUGACUGUAAGUCGCUUUGGAUAAAAGCGUCUGCUAAAUGGCAUAUUAUAUUAUUUUAAUGAAAUAACACCUUCAAGUUGUUUGUAUGUAAUUUAGGAAGUGCAAAAAUGUAUGUUUGCAACUACAGUGCCUUCAGAAAGUAUUCAUACCCCUUGACUUAUUCCACAUGUUGUUGUUACAACCUGAAUUCAAAAUGAUUAAAUAUUUUUUCUCACCCAUCUACACACAAUACCCCAUAAUGACAAAGUGAAAACAUGUUUUUAGAAAUAUUUGCUAAAUUAUUGAAAAUGAAAUAUGGAAAUAUCUAAUUUACAUAAGUAUUCACACCCCAGAGUCAGUACUUUGUAGAAGCACCUUUGGCGUCGAUUACAGCUGUGAGUCUUUUGGGGUAAGUCUCUAAGAGCUUUGCACACUUGGAUUGUACAUUUGCCCAUUAUUCUUUUCAGAAUUAUUCAAGCUCUGUCAAAUUGGUUGUUGAUCAUUGCUAGACAACCAUUUUCAGGUCUUGCCAUAGAUUUUCAAGCAGAUUUAAGUCAAAACUGUAACUCGGCCACUCAGGAACAUUCACUGUCUUCUUGGUAAGCAGUGUAGAUUUGGUCUUGUGUUUUAGGUUAUUGUCCUGCUGAAAGGGGAAUUCAUCUCCCAGUGUCUGGUGUGUGCUUAGCUCCAUUCAGUUCUUUCUUAUCCUGAAAAACUCCCCAGUCCUUACUGAUUUACAAGCAUACCCAUAACAUGAUGCAGCCACCAACGUGCUUGAACAUAUGAAGAGUGGUACUCAGUGAUGUGUUGUGUUGGAUUUGCCCUAAACAUAACACUUUGUAUUCAGGGCAAAAAGUUAAUUUCUUUGCAUUUGUUUUUGCAGUAUUACUUAAGUGCCGUGUUGCAAACAGGAUGCAUGUUUUGGAAUAUCUUUAUUCUGUACAGGCUUCCUUCUUUUCACUCUGUCAUUUAGGUUUGUAUUGUUGAGUAACUACAAUGUUGUUGAUCCCAUCCUCAGUGUACUCAUAUCACAACCAUUAAACUCUGUAACUGAUUUAAAAUCGUCAUUGGCCUCAUGGUGAAAUCCCAGAGCAGUUUCCAUCUUCUCCGGCAACUGAGUUAGGAAGGACGCCUGUAUCUUUGUAGUGACUGGGUGUAUUGAUACACAAUCCAAAGCCUAAUUAAUAACUUCACCAUGCUCUAAGGGAUAUUUCUAACGUCUGUUUUUUUUGCCCAUCUACCAAUCUGUGCCCUUCUUUGCGAAGCAUUGAAAAAUCUCCCUGGUCUUUGUGGUUGAAUCUGUGCUUGAAAUGCACAACUCGAUUGAGGGAUCUUACAGAUAAUUGUAUGUGUGGGGUACAGAGAUGGGAUAGUUAUAAAAAAAUCAUGUUAACCACUAUUAUUGAACACGAAAUGAGUCCAUGCAACUUAUUAUGCGAUUUGUUAAGCACAUUUUUACUCCUGAACAUAUUUAGGCUUGCCAGAACAAAGGGGUUGAAUACUUAUUGACUGAAGACAUUUCAACUUUACAUUUUUUAUUAAUUUCUAAAAUGUUCUACAAACAAAAUUCCACUUUGACAUUAUGGGGUAUUGUGUGUAGAUCAUUGACACAAAAUCUAAAUGUAAUAAAUGUAAUACAUUUCAAAUUCAGGCUGUAACACAACAAAAUGUGGAAAAGUAAAGGGGUGUGAAUACUUUCUGAAGGCACUGUAUGUAUAGCCAGUCUCCAUUAUACCCAUAGACCUGGUGGCGCAGCAGGAACUUCAGGUAACUAGCAACCAAGAGGUUGUGAGUUCAAAUCCCAAGUGAGGUUGAGUCUUACUGUCUUACUGUCCUUUUAACAUGAACACUUUAAUUUAGCUGUAAAAAUACAGUAACUUGUUGUAGAUUUGCUGUAUUUUCACUGCAACUAGACAAAAACCUCCAGGGGACCAUGACACAGCAUUCUAAGAAUAUCCUACAAAUGUUCUUGGGGACAUCCCUUGAACAAACCGGGAACUAGACAACCUGCAGUAAAAGUAAAAUAUUCUCAAUGACAUUUGGCACCUGGGUAUCACGUAAAAAUGUUCCAUCCCCAUCUUGUCAAAUUUAUUUCACAUGAGAUCAUGUUUCCACAUGUGCUCAAAUGUUGUCACAUGAAGUGCUCAAAUGUUGUCAUGUGUAGUUUCAAGUUAUCACAUGUUGCUAUACAUAAAAUCAUGUGAUCACAUGUGAAAUUCAUGUGGUUUUUCCGUAAGGGUUAAGGGCAGAAUCUGUGUAUGCUACGUCAAUAUUUACUUAAAUCCUCCAUUGACGUGAAUGCAGGAUUUCUUCUUUUAAGUUUAAAGUCAGAAAGAAUUAAGCCCUUUGUGAUGUGUCUCUCUGUGUGCCAACAGACCAUGAGCACCUCUAAGUUUCAGGUGGGCAUGAAACUGGAGGCAGUGGACAGAAAGAACCCAUGCCUGGUGUGUGUGGCCUCGGUGGCCGACAUCGUGGACAAUCGCUUCCUGGUUCACUUUGACAACUGGGAUGACACCUACGACUACUGGUGAGACACCCGCAAUUUAGUUAACCCUUUACACUUGUGGGAAUUGGCCUAUAUGGAUAGGGCUAAAUGUAAAUGUUUCUUACAGAAUAAAUAAGAAAAUGCAUAUGCAUGGUAGCAAUUAAAAGGGAACAGUUUGGAGAUUAGGGGGACACAACAGUUCUCCUGACACAAGACUGAAUCCAAACAUUACACUGUUGAUUUUAUGUGCAUUUUACAUUUACUGUACAUUUCGCCGCAUUUGUUGAUAACGAAAUCUGAAAAUACUCUGGAUACAUUCAGUAACAUAAGAAUAUUCCUGGAAAAUGUUGGGGUAGGUGCAACAUAAGACAAAAAAAUGACAAGGGUUUGAGUGAGAGGACUAACUGGUGUCUCCAUGUGUCCACACACCUCUCCAAAGUGUGCACAGUUCCUAAGUAAUUUCAAUGAUUUUUUAUGACUCAAAGAAGAGUCUUCAACUAUAAGGUGCUUUUUUUCUACCUCUCCUAGCUGUGCUGUUGAAGAACUAGAGCAAUCACAGUUGUAGAUGUUAUGUUUGGAACACAACCCUCGCAUCCCUGCCAUCACACAAUUACUGUUGUUGUUUACGCAAUCCAAAAAUGGGCCAUUUUUUAAAAGCUUGUUCUAUUGCCAACAUAAAAUACGAUCUUACAGUGUUAGGCUUUCACAAGGCAAUUCAGAGAAACAGAUCGUAAUUUUGGUGCGCAUAGAAAGGAGUCAUGAUUGCAUUCAGGUGCGUGUUCCACAGUGAAUUGUCUUGCUUGUAUGACAUCAAAGCAGUAUUUAUUAUAAUCCUCCAUGUCUCAGCUUUCAAAAUACAUCGAGUCCUCUUAGUUUAUAGCAUUUCCCUGAGCUCUGACGUCAUUUAUAGCAUGUUAAUGUACAGUCAGUGCGUUCCAAUUUAGGCGCUUAUCAAUGCCCAAAACUGCCAUUUUCAACACGUAUACAGGUAUGAGUGUAAAGGGUUAAAACUGUUUUCCAUUCUUUUAAAUUCAGCUUUCUGUGAGUUAGAAGUUGAUGAGAAAAUUGGAGUGUGCGUGUAUGAAAUUGGUAAUCAUUUCAGUUUAACUUCUCAGACUAUGUUAUGAGACACUAUUUUUGAUAUGACUUAAGUAAACUUCAGCAAACUGGUUCUGUCUUCUCAAAGUUUGAAGUGUCUGUCUAGAUUUACAUUUUUGGGUAUCUUGUUGCUACUUUGACUGUUAAAUGAAGGAAUUUGUCAAAAUCAGACCAGAGGUUAAGGUGUUUUCUAAGUUCUAGCCAAAGGAGACGUGAUCAACAUUUGUUUACUGAUGUUUACUGUCAGUAACUGAUAGGUUACACAUUAAUGUUGUUUUGUAGCUGUUGUGCAUGUCUCAUGCAACUUAUAUUCUAUUGUGUAUACCGUAUUUCCGCACUAUAAGGCGCACCGGAGUAUAAGCCGCAGCAGCUAAAUUGAAUGAUAUUGAAUGAUGCGUACAUAUAUAAGCCGCACUGGACUAUAAGCCGCAAGUGUUUUAAUGUUUAAUUACCAUAUGUAAGGGUUCGUGCACAGAGGGGAUUGUCGGGAAAGAGACAAACUGUCUUGCUCUCGUUCUGUCUCUCGUUCUGUCUCUCGUACCACUCUCGGUUCCACUUUUACUUUUGCGCGCUACCUGUCUCACUCUUUUCCGGCCUCCAGCUUUUCCUGCUGGAGCCAGCCGCUUAAAGGUGGGGGGCGCGGACCGGUCAUAGAGCCCAUAGAGUUAAAGUUGGUGGACUGUAACCUGUAAAAUCCAUAGAUUUAGGAGGUCUUCUAGUGGCCGUUAGCUGUAAAAAUCCAUAGAUUAGCCGCACCGUUAUAUAAGCCGCAGGGUCGAAAAAUUUGAAAAAAGGCGCGGUUUAUAGUCCGAAAAUUACGGUAAUUAGCUUUGUUACCUUACAGAGUGACAGAAGAGACAGUGUGUGGGUGCGCACAUACAGUACCAGUCAAAAGUUUGGACACACCUACUCAUUCAAGGGUUUUCAUUUUCAUUUUCUACAUUGUUGAAUAAUAGUGAAGACAUCAAAACUAUAAAAUAACACAUAUGGAAUCAUAUAGUAACCAAAAAAGUGUUUUUCCAACAAUCUUGGAGUUCCCACAUAUGCUGAGCACUUGUUGGCUGCUUUUCCUUCACUCUGCGGUCCGACUCAUCUCAAACCAUCUCAAUUGGGUUGAGGUCGGGGGAUUGUGGAGGCCAGGUCAUCUGAUGCAGCACUCCAUCACUCUCCUUCUUGAUAAAAUAGCCCUUACACAGCCUGGAGGUGUGUUGAGUCAUUGUCCUGUUGAAAAACAAUGAUAGUCCCACUAAGCCCAAACCAGAUGAGAUGGCGUAUCGCUGCAGAAGGCUGUGGUAGCCAUGCUGGUUAAGUGUGCCUUGAAUUCUAAAUAAAUCACAGACAGUGUCACCAGCAAAGCACCCCCACACCAUAACACCUCCUCUUCCAUGCUUUACUGUGGGAACUACUUUUUGUGAUUUAGAAGUUAAUGAGAAAAUGGAAAAGUGUGUGUGUGUGUGUGUGUGUGCGUGUGUGAAAUUGGUCAUCAUUUCAGUUUAACUUCUCAGACUAUGUUAUGAGAAACUUUCAAAGUUCUUGAAAUUGUCCGUAUUGACUGACCUUCAUAAUGAUGGACUGUUGUUUCUCUUUGCUUAUUUGAGCUGUUCUUGCCAUAAUAUGGACUUGGUCUUUUACCAAAUAGGGCUAUCUUCUGUAUACCCCCUACCUUGUCACAACACAACUGAUUGGCUCAAACGCAUUAAGAAGGAAAGAAAUUCCACAAAUUAACUUUUUAAGAAGGCACACCUGUUAAUUGAAAUACAUUCCAGGUGACUACCUCAUGAAGUUGGUUGAGAGAAUGCCAAGAGUGUGCAAAGCUGUCAUCAAGGCAAAGGGUGGCUAUUUGAAGAAUCUCAAAUAUAAAAUAUAUUUUGAUUUGUUUAACUCUUUUGGUUACUACAUGAUUCCAUAUGUGUUAUUUCAUAGUUUUGAUGUCUUCACUAUUAUUCUACAAUGUAAAAAAUAGUAAAAAUAAAGAAAAACCCUUGAAUGAGUAGGUGUGUCCAAACUUUUGACUGGUAGUGUAUGUGCACGUGUGUGUGCAUGAUCUUUGUUUGUGUGUACAUGCAUCAUCUUCAAUGUAAGUUCUGUAGUCAGUGAAUCAGUUACGGUUUACCUGCUAAUUGCUAAGAGGAGUUUGAUUGAUUACAUAGCAUGUGACGCAUGGCCCAAUUCAUCCAGUGAAAAGCUUGAUGCAUAUUCCUUUUUCCUAUGUCUUUUCCCUGUUUCUAUGUGUCAUACUGAUACUUUCCAGUAGGAGAAGCUCCUAGCCUCCUAACUGCCUACAAAGACAUACAGAAAUCAUGGUUCCCACAGUUCAUUACAUUCACACACUCAUGCACACACUCAACAUGUACACCCACACUCACAGUUUCUCUUACACACAGGCUCAAACACACUUGCAUGCUCACACGUUCACAAACUUGCACGCAUGCAUGCACACACACACACACACACACACACACACACACACACACGCACGCACACACACCUUGCACACAAUUUCAUUCUCUCAGCCACUCCACUGGCUCACCGGGGAGCAUGUGUGGAAUUGUUGGACAAAUACCAUGGCCCAAGGGACAUGGCAAGCACCAUGAUUGGCUAUUCUGCACAAUCACACAGCUGCUGUGUCAUUUCAAAGCACACAGAAGAUUAAUGGAAUUCCUAUUGUAUUGUCUGAUUGGAUGUGUUUGUAGGUACAUGUUAAUCUAGCCAGCCUGUACAGUAAGUGAAAUUGCAAUAUUCUCCUGGUCACAAACCGGGUAUUGUACAUGUAAAUUGAAUUUAGAGGUUAUUGUAAUGUCUUACCCCAGGAGGAUUGAAAUCAAAUUCCUAUUGUACGUGUGUGUGUAUAGAUGAGGAAGUGUGUAUGUCGGAAGAUAAUGUACAGUAUGCUAUGGUAAAGUGUAGUGUGUGUGUGUGUGUUUUAGGUGUGACGCCAGCAGCCCUCACAUCCACCCAGUGGGCUGGUGCCAGGACCAUGGACGACCUCUCACUGCACCUCAGGGUGGGUAGCUAGCCCAGCACACACAGUAUACUGGACACAAAAUAUCUGUUGUGUGCAAGGUUAUUUAGGAUGCUGUUUGAAUAGUGUCUGCUAAAAUGACCUUGGCUCUUCCCCACUUCAGCCAUAUUUGGCUAUUCCCCACUUUAGUCCCCAUAUUAGUAGAAAGACGUGAACCUUUUAUCAUAAAUCCCCCUUAAUCUUCCAUGUCAAUUCAAGAGUUAUUCAUUUAAUUUCCGCUCUAAUUUGCUGGUAAAUUGUCCCCUUCCACCACACACUUUUUAAAGACCUUGAAAGAAUCAUAACUCAUAUUGUAUGGCGAUAGGACAUCAGUAGGACAUUAAUUUAUAUGUAUGACACAUGCAUCAUCUUGAAUGAGAAACUUAAUCACAGCUGUUCUUUAGUGAUGCAUGCCCUUCAAUGCAUAACAAAAAUCUAAUCAGACAGGUUUCUUACAUGGAAGAUACAUUGGAGAUAAUAUAAGGCAAGUACGGGAAACAAUAGAACACUAUGAAAAAUCUGGGAAACGCAUUUGAUAAAGUACGACUGGGGUUUAUAUAUAAAUGCCUGGAGCAUUUCAAUUUUGGAGAAUCUCUUUUAUAAAUUGCGUUAAAAUCAUGUAUAGUAACCCUAGGUGUAAAAUAGUAAAUAAUGGCUAUUUCUCCGAAGGUUUUAAACUGUCAAGAGGAGUGAAACAAGGUUGUCCACUAUCGGCAUAUCUAUUUAUUAUGGCCAUCGAGAUGUUAGCUAUUAAAAUCAGAUCCAACAAUAAUAUCAAGGGAUUAGAAAUCCAGGGCUUAAAAACAAAGGUGUCAUUGUACGCUGAUGAUUCAUGUUUUCUUUUAAAUCCACAACUAGAAUCCCUCCACAGCCUCAUAGAGGAUCUAGAUACAUUUUCUAACCUCUCUGGAUUACAACCAAAUUAUAUGAUAAAUGUACUAUAUUACGUAUUGGAUCACAAAAAAAUAAAAAAAUUACAUUACCAUGUAGUUUACCAAUAAAAUGGUCUGAUGGUGAUGUGGAUAUACUCGGAAUACAUAUCCCAAAUGAAAUAAAUGAUCUCACUCCAAUAAAUGUUGAUAGAAAGUUAGCAAAAAUAGAUAAGAUCUUGCUACCAUGGAAAGGUAAAUACCUGUCAAUUUGUGGAAAAAUCACCCUGAUUAACUCUUUAGUAUUAUCCCAGUUUACCUAUUUGCUUAUGGUCUUGCCUACGCAUAGCGAACAGUUUUUUAAAUUAUAUGAGAAAAAAAUAUUCAAUUUUAUUUGUAACGGCAAGCCAGACAAAAUUAAACGGGCCUAUUUAUAUAAUUAAUAUGAAUUCGGAGGACAGAAAUUAUGAAAUAUCAAAGCAUUAGACCUAUCACUAAAAGCUUCAGUCAUACAAAAGUUAUACUUAAAUCCGAACUGGUUCUUUAGCAAAUUAAUAAGAUUGUCUCACCCAAUGUUCAAGAAUGGCCUUUUUCCCUUUAUUCAGAUUACAACCUCUCACUUUCAGUUAUUUGAAAAGGAAAUCGUCUCCCAAAUAUCACUAUUCUAAAACAAGCCAUAGAAAGUUGGUUGCAAUUUCAAUUUAAUCCUCCAGAAACAACAGAACAAAUAAUGCAACAAAUAUUGUGGUUAAACUCAAAUAUACUAAUUUAUAAAAAAACAUUUAUUUUGGACAAAAUGUUUAAAAAAGGUAUAAUCUUCGUAAAUGAUAUCAUCGGUAGGACUGGUGGAGUUAUGUCGCACAUGCAGCUAACAAAAACAUAUGGAAAUGUCUGCUCUACCCAAAAUGACAACCAAAUAAUUGCAGCAUUACCGCAAAAAGAACAAUAAUUGGUUAAAGAAAACUGUGAUAAAUAAAAAAGUAUAACAGUUUAAUUUAAGGACCAAAGGAUUGACAGCCGUCCCAUAUAGAUUGCAAAAGAUUUUUGACGUACCGAUCCCGUGGCAUAGUGUUUAUGAACUGAUACGCCAAACGACGCCGGAUUCAAAACUUAGAAUUUUUCAAUUGAAAUUAUUAUAUACAAUUCUUGCUACCAAUAUAAUGUUAUUUAUAUGGGGAUACAAUCUUCCCAGCUCUGCAGAAUUUGCUGCGAAGAGACAGAAUCAUUAGAUCAUUUGUUUUGGUACUGUCCAUUUGUAGCUUGUUUUUGGACACAGUUCCAGGAAUGGCUAAAGGAUUGCAAUAUUUACCUGGAGCUAACCCUGCAGAUAGCAUUACUGGGUGAUCUGAAAAGUCAUAGUCAAUCGAUCAAUAAUAUAAUAAUACUUUUAGCAAAAAUGUUUAUUUUCAAUUUACAAUCUGUAGAAACAAUGAGAAUAGAAAGGUUCAGAACUUUUGUAAAACAUCACAGUACAGUUGAAAAAUAUAUGGCAAAUAGAAAUCCAAUAUGGAUGGUGUUAAGAGAUAGAUGGGUGGUGUUGAAUGGAGUUGAAGGAUUGGACUAAUAACAACUAACAAUAACUAAUAACAACUAAUAACAACAAGAUAACUAAUAAUAUAAGCAUACUGUGUCCAUAAUAAGUAUAUAGGUUAUAGGUUGAGAGCUUUUGUGAAAGCGCACAGUUAGAAAGAUAUGGCAUAUAGAAGCAAACCGGAUGGACAUCAUGAAAAUGAUCGGAGAGGUUGAGGGUAGAGGAAGUUCAGGAGUAAAAACAAACAAAAUAAAAUUAUUGUAAAAUUGACUGUGUCCAUAAAAUGUAUAUAGUAUGUAUAAGCUGGAAGUAGAGGCCUAAGCAUUGUUGUUCACUAGUUUACUCCAAUUAGGGAAGGGUUGGUGGGGUUGGAAAGUAAUAAAGGGAAAUAUGUUUAAAAAAAGGAUAUGUACAGUGGGGAGAACAAGUAUUUGAUACACUGCCGAUUUUGCAGGUUUUCCUACUUACAAAGCAUGUAGAGGUCUGUAAUUUUUAUCAUAGGUACACUUCAACUGUGAGAGACGGAAUCUAAAACAAAAAUCCAGAAAAUCACAUUGUAUGAUUUUUAAGUAAUUAAUUUGCAUUUUAUUGCAUGACAUAAGUAUUUGAUCACCUGUCCACACACUCAAUCAAACAGACUCCAACCUCUCCACAAUGGCCAAGACCAGAGAGCUGUGUAAGGACAUCAGGGAUAAAAUUGUAGACCUGCACGAGGCUGGGAUGGGCUACAGGACAAUAGGCAAGCAGCUUGGUGAGAAGGCAACAACUGUUGGCGCAAUUAUUAGAAAAUGGAAGAAGGUCAAGAUGACCGACACCCUCGGUCUGGGGCUCCAUGCAAGAUCUCACCUUGUGGGGCAUCAAUGAUCAUGAGGAAGGUGAGGGAUCAGCCCAGAACUACACGGCAGGACCUGGUCAAUGACCUGAAGAGAGCUGGGACCACAGUCUCAAAGAAAACCAUUAGUAACACACUACUCCGUCAUGGAUUAAAAUCCUGCAGCGCACGCAAGGUCCCCCUGCUCAAGCCAGCGCAUGUCCAGGCCCGUCUGAAGUUUGCCAAUGACCAUCUGGAUGAUCCAGAGGAGGAAUGGGAGAAGGUAAUGUGGUCUGAUGAGACAAAAAUAGAGCUUUUUGGUCUAAACACUCGCCGUGUUUGGAGGAAGAAGAAGGAUGAGUACAACCCCAAGAACACCAUCCCAACUGUGAAGCAUGGAGGUGGAAACAUCAUUCUUUGGGGAUGCUUUUCUGCAAAGGGGACAGGACGACUGCACCGUAUUGAGGGGAGGAUGGAUGGGGCCAUGUAUCGCGAGAUCUUGGCCAACAACCUCCUUCCCUCAGUAAGAGCAUUGAAGAUGGGUCGUGGCUGGGUCUUCCAGCAUGACAACGACCCGAAACACACAGCCAGGGCAACUAAGGAGUGGCUCCGUAAGAAGCAUCUCAAGGUCCUGGAGUGGACCAGCCAGUCUCCAGACCUGAACCCAAUAGAAAAUCUUUGGAGGGAGCUGAAUGUCCGUAUUGCCCAGCGACAGCCCCGAAACCUGAAGGAUCUUGAGAAGGUCUGUAUGGAGGAGUGGGCCAAAAUCCCUGCUGCAGUGUGUGCAAACCUGGUCAAGACCUACAGGAAACGUAUGAUCUCUGUAAUUGCAAACAAAGGUUUCUGUACCAAAUAUUAAGUUCUGCUUUUCUGAUGUAUCAAAUACUUAUGUCAUGCAAUAAAAUGCAAAUGAAUUACUUAAAAAUCAUACAAUGUGAUUUUCUGGAUUUUUGUUUUAGAUUCCGUCUAAAUAAAAAUUACAGACCUCUACAUGCUUUGUAAGUAGGAAAACCUGCAAAAUCGGCAGUGUAUCAAAUAAUUGUUCUCCCCACUGUACAUAUCCUUUUUUUAAACAUAUUUCCCUUUAUUACUUUCCAACCCCACCACCCCUUCCCUAAUUGGAGUAAACUAGUGAACAACAAUGCUUAGGCCUCUACUUCCAGCUUAUACAUACUAUAUCUGUCAAAGGACACCAGAAACAACAUUGUAGACCUGCACCAGGCUGGGAAGACUGAAUCUGCAAUAGGUAAGCAGCUUGGUUUGAAGAAAUCAACUGUGGGAGCAAUUAUUAGGAAAUGGAAGACAUACAAGACCACUGAUAAUCUCCCUCGAUCUCGGGCUCCACGCAAGAUCUCACCCCGUGGGGUCAAAAUGAUCACAAGAACGGUGAGCAAAAAUCCCAGAACCACACGGGGGGACCUAGUGAAUGACCUGCAGAGAGCUGGGACCAAAGUAACAAAGCCUACCAUCAGUAACACACUACGCCGCCAGGGACUCAAAUCCUGCAGUGCCAGACGUGUCCCCCUGCUUAAGCCAGUACAUGUCCAGGCCCGUCUGAAGUUUGCUAGAGUGCAUUUGGAUGAUCCAGAAGAGGAUUGGGAGAAUGUCAUAUGGUCAGAUGAAACCAAAAUAGAACUUUUUGGUAAAAACUCAACUCGUCGUGUUUGGAGGACAAAGAAUGCUGAGUUGCAUCCAAAGAACACCAUACCUACUGUGAAGCAUGGGGGUGGAAACAUCAUGCUUUGGGGCUGUUUUUCUGCAAAGGGACCAGGACGACUGAUCCGUGUAAAGGAAAGAAUGAAUGGGGCCAUGUAUCGUGAGAUUUUGAGUGAAAACCUCCUUCCAUCAGCAAGGGCAUUGAAGAUGAAACGUGGCUGGGUCUUUCAGCAUGACAAUGAUCCCAAACACACCGCCCGGGCAACGAAGGAGUGGCUUCGUAAGAAGCAUUUCAAGGUCCUGGAGUGGCCUAGCCAGUCUCCAGAUCUCAACCCCAUAGAAAAUCUUUGGAGGGAGUUGAAAGUCUGUGUUGCCCAGCGACAGCCCCAAAACAUCACUGCUCUAGAGGAGAUCUGCAUGGAGGAAUGGGCCAAAAUACCAGCAACAGUGUGUGAAAACCUUGUGAAGACUUACAGAAAACGUUUGACCUGUGUCAUUGCCAACAAAGGGUAUAUAACAAAGUAUUGAGAAACUUUUGUUAUUGACCAAAUACUUAUUUUCCACCAUAAUUUGCAAAUAAAUUCAUUAAAAAUCCUACAAUGUGAUUUUCUGGAGAAAAAAAUUCUCAUUUUGUCUGUCAUAGUUGACGUGUACCUAUGAUGAAAAUUACAGGCCUCUCUCAUCUUUUUAAGUGGGAGAACUUGCACAAUUGGUGGCUGACUAAAUACUUGGCUGGAUGUCCUUUGGGUGGUGGACCAUUCUUGAUACACACAGGAAACUGUUGAGCGUGAAAAACCCAGCAGUGUUGCAUUCUUGACACAGAACGGUGUGCCUGGCAUGUACUACCAUGCCCCGUUCAAAGGCACUUAAAUAUUUUGUCUUGCCCAUUCACCCUCUGAAUGGCACACAUACAUAAUCCAUGUCUCAAUCGUCUCUAGGCUUAAAAAUCCUUCUUUAACCUGUCUCCUCCCCUUCAGCUACACUGAUUGAAGUGGAUUUAACAAGUGACAUCAAUAAGGGAUCAUAGCUUUCACCUGGAUUCACCUGGUCGGUCUGUCAUGGAAAGAGCGUGUUCUUAAUGUUUUGUACACUCAGUGUAUGUUUCCCUGAGAAUCUGGGAAGGUGAAAGUUCUCAUUACUUUGAAAUAGAACCAUCUAUAGGCACUUUACCAACAGAUUUACUACCAGACUUCCAGCUGUCUCUACGCACAGAACAGAUUUUGUCUUACAUACAUUUAAUGUUUUAUAAAUUCCUUGUAGCUGAGGCAUCUGCCAUAUUGUGAGCAGGAGCCACUUUAGCAUAUUGAGAUGCACUCAUGCAUUUUAUCUUGAAGUUUUACUGGAAUGGAAUCUAGUUUCAGAUUUGAGUUUCAUCAUAAAGACACAAGUAGUUAUUCAAGUUUAUUAUUGAACCAUUUGCGAUUGGCUCAAAUGCGCAAUGCCUGGAGUACAGUCAUUUUUCUCUCCUCUAUAUUAGUUCAACAAGAACUACUGAGGCAGUGGCCAGUAGAGCCAAUCACUUACUAUUUGGAGCCUCCACAACUCAAUCUCCGAUAGCUAACCAUCAUUUCCCUCCGCAAACAGGCGAUAUGUGUACAUUCGGUCCCCUGCAUAUGUUGCACCCAUCUGUGUGUGUGUCGCGUUCAAGUUUUCAAGCUCAUUUGCCUUUUGAUGAGAUUGUCACAGCCGUUGAUAGUCACAGUUUGAAGUUGUUGCAUGUGUUUGUGUGUGCAUGUGUGUGCGCGAGCUUACAAGUGUGUGAUUAAUCAGAUUGUGUUUUGGAUUGUGUUGAAGGACACCCGAAUCCAGAACAUUUCCUGUGGGAGGAGUACUUACAAGACAAUGGUUCCACGGCGGUUCCAAGCCAGGCUUUCUGUAUGGUAAGCCGUAAGCAGUAGGCACGGAACAGCAGGCUAGCCUUCUAUCAGCCAGCUGUAUGUGUGUUGUACAGCACCAUUGUUAUUCCCAGCCUCUGCUGCAAUCUAACGGCUGCUUUCGUGUUUCAUAAUGAUUCCUUUUAUUACGAACAAUUGAAAUUGAAGGCAGUUUAAUAACUGUUGUGGUUCGGUUCCUUUUCACAAUAAUGACACAAGUCAUGUUUUUCUCAGUUUGACAUCAGUUUGUCACUUUCCCAGACCUGUCUUUCUCAUUCAGAAACUUCUGGUUCAAAACUCUUCUUUCCCCUAAAGAACUCCACUGUCAGCCUCCUUUCCCCUGCAUGACAUCUGCACAGCACAAUUUCACACCCUCAAAUCCUCUUCUCUGGCUGAGUUUCUGGCUGACAGGGCCUGUCCUCUCCUCUGCUCUCCUCUCUCAGAGAUGUGUACAGUGUCCUGUCUUCCGCCUCCUCCCUUCCUCUGCCUCUCUCUCUCAUGUCUUCUCCUGUCUUCUUUCUCUCUCUCUCUUUGGGCAUAGGGUUUUUUGGGAGUCUCGACAGGCUUGACUGCCAUCUCUAACGCCCUUUAUCUCUCCCUCUCUCUCUCCCUCUCUCUCUCCGCCCCCUCUCUUCCUCCUCUCUCUCCCCCGUCACAGAGAGCUCCUCACAGUUUCCAGGUGAACAUGAAGCUGGAGGCGGUGGACCGGAGGAACCCCAUGCUGGUCCGCGUGGCCACCGUCUCAGACACUGAGGACUACAGGGUCAAGGUGAGGGGAGUGAGGGAGGUGAAGGGGUGGGGUUAGAGAGAAAACAAUGGGGUAGAGAAUGAGGGGAGAGAAAGUGAGUGAAAGGGGGAAAGCAGUGAAAGAUGAAAUGAGAGCGAGGGGAAGAGAUUGAGAGAGUGAAAAAAGGAAAGAGUGAGGCAGGGGAUGGGAGGCGGUUGGGCAUGUGGAAAGAAGUGAGGGGGGGGUGGUAGUCAGGGUGAGGAGGCCUGCUGGAGUGACAUGGCAGAUGGGAGUUGAGGUGUUUGGGACAGCAGCGUCUCUGUGAAAUGAGCAGGCUGGCAAGUCUGCAGGAGCCACUUGGUGGUGCUGCUCUUGUUCAACCAAUAACAAGCUUAACAAGCCUUGUACUGAGACUUGAUAGGUUGUAUUGUGUGUGUGUGUGUGUGUGUGUGUGUGUGUGUAUGUGCGUGCGUGUGCACACGUGUGUGUACUGUAUGCCUAUGUGUUUGCGCAUGCAUGAUGUGUAUAUGUGUAUGUGCAUACAGGUCAUAAUUGACAGAGCAGAGUGCCUUGUAUGUCACUAUUUUUGUCCUAUCACGUCACACUGCUCAGUCAGUAGAGGAGGAAUUCACUGAUGCGUCUCACUGAUUAAUUCAUGAUUACGUGAUCAGACAGGCGCCAUUAACCCACCAUAGCUUUAGCAUGGGUCAAAGCAGGUUAUACAGUGCCUUCAGAAAGUAUUCACUCCACUUGACUUUUUCCACAUUUUGUUGUUACAAAGUGGGAUUCAAAUGUAUUUAAUUGUAAUUUUUGUCAACGAUCUACACAAAAUACUCUAACAUUUGUAAAUAAUUAAUGAAAAACAACACUAAUAUAUCUUGAUUAGAUAAGUAUUCAACCCCCUAAGUCAAUACACAAUCCCUUUUGCAGCGAUUACAGCUGUGUCUUUCUGGGUAAGUCUCUAAUAGCUUUCCACCCCUGGAUUGUGCAACAUUUGGCCAUUAUUCUUUUUUUAAAUUAUUCAAGUGCUGUCAAAUUUGGUUGUUGAUCAUUGCUAGAGAACCAUUUUCAGGUCUUGCCAUAGAUUUUCAAGGAGAUUUAAGUCAACUGUAACUAGGCCACUCAGGAACAUUCACUGUCUUCUUGGUAAGCAGUGUAGAUUUGGCCUUGUGUUUUAGGUUAUUGUCCUGCUGAAAGGUGAAUUCAUCUCCCAGUGUCUGGUGUAAAGCAGACUGAUCCAGGUUUUCCUCUGGGUAUUUGCCUGUGUUUAGCUCCAUUCUGUUUCUUUUUUAUCCUGAAAAACUCCCAGUCCUUAACGAUUACAAGCAUAACCAUAACAUGAUGCAGCCAACACUAUGCUUGAAAAUAUGGAAAGUCAUACUCAGUAAUGUGUUGUAUUGGAUUUGCCCCUAACAUAACACUUUGUAUUCAGGACAGAAAGUUAAUUGCUUUGCCACAUUUCUUGCAGUAUUACUUUAGUGCCUUGUUGCAAACAGGAUGCAUGUUUUGGAAUAUUUUUAUUCUGUACAGGCUUCCUUAUUUUCACUCUGUCAAUUAGGUUAGUAUAGUGGAGUAACUACAAUGUUGUUUGUCCAUCCUCAGUUUUCUCCUGUCACAGCCAUUAAACUCUGUAAAUGUUGGCCUCAUGAUGAAAUCCAUGAACGGUUUCCUUCCUCUCCGUCAACUGAGUUAGGAAGGACGCCUGUAUCUUUGUAGUGACUGGGUGUAUUGAUACAUCAUCCAAAGUGUAAUUAAUAACUUCACCAUGCUCAAAGGGAUAUUCAAUGUCUGCUUUUUAAAUGUUUACCCAUCUACCAAUAGGUGCCCUUUGCGAGGCAGUGGAAAACCUCCCUGGUCUUUGUGGUUGAAUCUUUGUUUGAAAUUCACUGUCCUUACAGAUAAUUGUAUAUGUGGGAUACAGAGAUGAGGUAGUCAUUCAACAAUCAUGUUAAACACUAUUAUCGCACACAGAGUGAGUCCAUGCAACUUAUUAUGUGACUUGUUAAGCAAAUGUUUACUCCUGAACUUAUUUAGGCAUGCCAUAACAAAGGAGCUGAAUACUUAUCGACUCAAAACAUUUCAGAUUUCAUUUUAAAUUAAUUUGUUAAAAAUUCGAAAAACAUAAUUCCACUUUGACAUUACUGGAUAUUGUGACCAAAAAUCUCAAUUUAAUCAAUUUUAAAUUCAGUCUGUAACACAAGAAAAUUUGAAAAAGUCAAGGGGUGUGAAUACUUUCUGAAGGCACUGUAUAUAGCAGAUUCAGUUAAAAACAGUAAUCCGUCUUCAUCAGCUCCGUCUAAGUCCUUGUCAGCACGCACUAUUAUUUACCAAUGGGAGGUAUGCUGUUAAGAGAAAGCCCUCUCAUCAUCCGUUAGUGGUUAGUGCCACAUUAGAAAUACGACGAUGUGAUUGUGUAGCUUCUCUAGACACACACACACACACACACACAGGGAUCGAUCCCACUGGCCUCCCUGGAGGAACACUAUAGCAACACACUAUGGGUUGCUGCUUGUCAGUAGACAAGGCCAUAAUUGAUUUAAAUAGCGUGGGAAACAAAAAUCAAUCUAAAAACAUGAGACAGCAAGUCUUGAGAUACAGCGGCUGAGACGGCAGCGGUGUAGGUAUUGGGCUGCUAGCUUAUCAAGAUUGGAUUUUGGGGGAAAGUUUAAUAUUGCACUGAAGGAACAACGAUGAGGGACCUCGUCAGAAGAGAAAGAUACAUUUAUUUGCUUUAAGUAGGAAGAUGAAUAAUUCAUGCACCUUUUUAAAUAAGGAUGUGUAAUCAGAUCUUACACACCGUUCAUAUUCUCUCUCCUUUUCAGGUAUUCUUUGGGUGGAGUCUUGAUUAAUAUCUAAUGUCAUGAUUUAUUGAAGUUUCAAAAAGUGCUCUACUAGGAGCAGGUACAUUUCGAGCAGAAACAACUGUGGAUUUGGAACUAUUAUCGUUAAACCUGGUGUCUCAAAACGUUUGUUUACUGUCUCUUUAUAUGAUCUAAAGUGCAUUUUACACAUGAUUACAGCACACUGUCUUUAGGAAGGCUUUCUGUUGAUAGCUGCGCACCUUGGUGUCCUUGUCUCUUGUAGCGUCAGCUGUGUUCUUUCUGUCAGUUGGCCUGUUUAGUUGUCCGUUAUAAUAUGUUUUUCUAUUUGGUUUUAAUUUUCUGUACAGUACUUUGAGAUUAUUCUGUAUAGUGAAAAGCCCUUGACAAAUGUAACAAAUUAUUAUUACUAAUGUGGCUGUUUCUCUCUCUCUUUUUCUCUCUCUCACUCGUUCUGUUGUAUUCUCUCUCUCUCUCUCUCUCGCUCUCUCUCUCUGUGUGUAUCAAUCAGAUCCGUUUUGACGGCUGGCAUGAGAAGUUUGACUUCUGGGUGGACUCUGACCUGCCGGACCUUCACCCUGUGGGCUGGUGUGCCCGGACAGGUCACCCCCUGGAACCCCCCCUCUGUGAGUUCAACACCCCUGUGUGUGUGUGUGUGUGUGUGCUCUUCACUAACCGUUCCAACUCAACGCUCACACGUACACACAAAUCAAUGCACUCUUCCAUGCCUCUCAAGGACCUCUCCAUCCAUUAUAUCCCCACUAUUGAUUUUGUCCCUUUCAGAGGUGAAUCUCACUGACAUUAGAGCACAGCUAUCUGAUGAAUGGGUGCAAAGUAUUUUCUAUGGCACAGGGCUUUGUACUGCGCUCUAAAUUCUAACCACACCUACAUAGCCAAUAGCACAGUAUCCCUGCCCAAAAAACAACUUUUAAAGUAACUGUCCAGUGAAAAUCUCACUUUAAAAAGUUCAUAUUCUGUCAACUUAUACCCAAAUAAUGUUCUUAUAAUCGUAUUUCUGGCCAAAGCAUAAAUUGGAGAAAAAACACUUAAAACACCACACCUCAAACUUUUAUCUCAAACCGUUUAAAAAAAACACUUGAAAUUUGUUGGCCUGCUGGCUUUUUAGAAGCAGUUAUCUAAGGUUAGCAUGCUAAUGUUAGCUAGCAUGCUAACAUUAGCUAUCGUUAGCUAGCAUGCUAAUGGCGGCAAUCGUUAGCUAGCUGGCUAACCAACAAGAAAGCAAGUCAAAGCAGAUCCUCCACACAACAACCAUCUUGCCAUUCCAUUCUAUUUUAAAUCCUGUGGUUUGUAGCUAAAAGUUUUAUGUCAAGAGAACUUAGCUGUUGUGUUAGCUGUUGUUGACUGAUAUAGAUAGCAGUAGUAGCUAGCUAGCUUCAUGACUAGCUAGUUACGUAGCUAAUUAAAAAAAUAUCAGGAAUACAGUGACAAAGCAAAGAACAGAAAUGACUCACGCUUUUGAAAUAAUCAGCCUGCAUUUAUUGCUGAUAUAGUGAAGUGCCCUAGUCGUUCCAUUGUGCAUUUCCAUAUCCUGAAUCCAUCCAUAUUAUUUGAUUGGUGCAGACAAGCUCGGGCAGUCAGCCCCAGUGCCCCCAUGUGGGAGCUAAUGUGAAUAUCCACGUGUAUACGUGUCUCAUUGACUGAGCUGUCAAAUCAGUUACAUUUAUUACCAGUAUACGCCCAAACCACUCUGUUGUUUCCUAACAGGCCAAGUAGGGGCAUAGGGAAAAUAUGCUUUUUAUAACAUCCUAAAUUAUAAUUCUUGGAAUUACAUCUAUUUAAUUCAUAUUGUAAUUCAUUUUAGGUAAUAUUUCAUACAAAAUCUGAAACACUAGACAUAUACUUUAAUUCAUGGCAAAUUAGUCAUUGUGAUUGACAGUUUGGCACAGCGUGAGAAAUCAAGAAAAUUAUUUUUGUCUGCACAGACUAAUCUCUUGACCUUCGAAGAAUGCCGUCUGUUUUUCUUCUUUUUCGAUGUUGGGCUGUGAUUGUUUUUCUUGAUGUAUUACCGUUGACAAUUCCACAGUGAUUUAGGGAUACAAUAUAAAUGGCUGUAACAGAAAUGAAGUUAGAAAUAAAAAACAUAAGUCUAAUCUUAUUCCAAGUGGAGGACUUGUCUCCUUCAGAGACUGUAGGAAUAAAUCUCUUCAAUUUCCCCUUUUGGUAAACACAUUUGGGACAACGAAUGAGGUGUGUGUGUGUGUGUGUGUGUGUGUGUGUGUGUGUGUGUGUGUGUGUGUGUGUGUGUGUGUGUGUGUGUGUGUGUGUGUGUGUGUGUGUGUGUGUGUGUGUGUGUGUGUGUGUGUGUGUGUGUGUGUGUGUGUGUGUGUGUGUGUGUGUGUGUGUGUGUGUGUGUGUGUGUGUGUGUGUGCGAGUGAAAGAGAGAGAGAGAGUGUGUUUUGUCUUGGCACCGGCAAUACAGGACAUAAAACUGACUUUAUUCCAUAUAUCUUAUUUGGUUUGUCUUAGAAGCUUGGUGAGUGAUAUAUUAUGGCAAGAGCAAUGUUUUAUGUUGCUCUAGAUGUCUUUAUCUAAUACAUAAGCAGAGCCAUAAGGGCUAUUUGUCUACCCUGACACACAAAAUACGUGUUGGUCUACCCCAGCUAAUCCUCUGUAAGGUCUCAUUCAUUGUAACUUAAUUUCAGAUAGAUACUCAUCACGCAUGGGUUUGCACUGUUGGAUAACUUAAACCCAUGUUGUAGCCUAUGUAUGUAGUUAAUAUACCACUGAAUGCAGUUGCUGACCCAAUUUUACCUACUUGCCUGUUGACUAAAUCAAUCAAUGAAAAGCAAGCGCUUUCCUCAAACUCUCUCCUGCGAGCCUCAAGCAAGCCUUGUGAUUGGUUGUUUGGUUGUCAUCCCCAUCCAGCACAAGCAGGACCUUCUGACCUUAAGAGCUCCGUGACCCAGGGAGUGUGCCCCACUCCGGGCUGCAGGGGCGUGGGCCACAUCAAAGGAGCCAAAUACACAGGACACCACAGGUAAGACACCCGUUGAUGACAACACUGUCUGACACUAUCGGCCGGUACAGAAAAAUCACCCAAGCCCCUAAGCCCUUAAUGUAGAUCUGAAGGGAUUGGAAAGGUAUCAGCAGUAUGGUAGUAGUUCCACCUUGCUCUCUGAUAGGCUUGGUAGCACGUUCACCAUAUUGCUUAUACCCAUCAAAUCAAACCCAUCCUUUCCAAUCCCUACAAGUGCUUAGAGGGUAGCGGCUAAGAAUUGUUUCUGGGACAGACCUAUGCCCAGCUUGGCUUUUCUGAUAGCAUGUCACCAUUGUUUAGAGGCAUAUUGUUUUUGCUCAAUUUGCUGUGUGUUUGCCCAUUGACACCCAGAUCAGGAAGGACUAAUACUGCAAAUUAAGGUAUUAUCCACCAGCAGCUGGCUUUGGCAAGGUGAGAUGUGGAUGCCAUUGUCAGUGGGUAAUAUAAAUGCUGCUGUAAAUGCAGCGUUGCAUGGCCUGUUGGUUGGCUCCAUAUGCAACAACAGUGAGAGUAUGUUGCUAGCAUUAACAUCCAGCGAUAGCUCGUUGGAACACGAAUCCUUGCUAGCGUUAGCAUCUAGCUCUAGGCUAGCUGACCUGGUCUUUUCUGUGGGGGGAGAUAGGGCUGCAGCCAGCCGGGUUCCAAGCUUUUCAUCCAGGGGAGCCAGAGGUGCCUCCACAAAGGAGAGGAGAAAAAGGGAUGAUGGAGAGGCACUCCUGGCCAGAGUUCACUCACAGAGCUCACAUACGAGCAGCCUGGAGAAGUUAACCAUGCAGCUUGCAGGCCCCCUCCCUGCUCUUCUCCCUGCCAAGACUCUGCCUGACUGA